AUGACGACGGCUCGUGACUUUCACAAGAGUACAUUCAUAUUAGCUACGAAUUCUGUGCUACUUGUAGGUGGCUCUAAUGGUAACUCUGAUCUAUCAUCGACAGAAAAGUUUCUUGAAUCGAACAGCUCAUUUGUUCGUCAAGGUGAUACAUUUCAAAUACGACGUUUUCAUACAGUUGAUCGAUUGAGUAAUUAUGUUGUUGUCAUCGCUGGUGGUUGGUCUGCUCUUCAGACUGCUGAACUAUACGAUCCUGUAACGGGAAUAUCAAACACGAUGAUUAAUAUGACUGCACCUCGCGCAGAACAUACAUCAGCUGUCAUUGAUGAUGGUGGAAGCUCGACGACAAAGGUUUUGCUUGUCGGCGGUCAAGAUACGACUGGUACAUUAGCGACAGGAGAUGUCUUUGAUAGUACGACCCGUAUGUUCGCUGCAGCCGCUAAUAAUAUGAUAUCAGAACGAUGUUAUCAUACAGCAACAGCUAUAGACAAUGGCUAUGUGCUUUUAGCUGGUGGUAUCAACAAUGCAUCAGUAGAACUUGAUAGUCUAGAACUGUACAACAGUAGUUCAAACUUGUUCGUACCACUCUCGGCUCGUUUGUCAACUGGUCGAUCACAUCACACUGCAACUUAUAUUCCAUCAAUACAAGCUGUACUUUUCGUUGGUGGUUUAUCACAGACUCUCGCAUUAAAAACUUACGAUUUGUUCAACGUAUCUACAUUUACUUUUACCAUUCUCAAUGCCAGCACUUUAAGUGCCCGAGCAUAUCAUACGGCCACUCUCCUCCUUGAUGAACAAGUAUUGAUUGUUGGCGGCGAAGAUACUUAUGUACGCGUAUCGUCCUGUGAGCUCUAUAGACCAGCAACAAACACAUUUAUAACUGUGAGUAAUAUGUCUACAGAACGUGCUGAUCAUACUUCGACACUACUCACCAAUACGGGACAAGUGCUCGUAUGUGGUGGUGAGAAUCAAAACAGUAUGGUAUUGAACAGCUGUGAACUAUAUCAACCAUAA